CAAGGCGGAAGUCAGCGCUUUCGGAUACGGUUCGGCCGUGGAUGAACCGAAGGAGGAUGUGAAAACGGCAAAAAUAUAUAUAUAUAACGGUCCUCCGCAGGCUUCUAAAAGUGCAAAACGACAGUUAAAGUCAAAUACAGAGUCAGACGGAGCCGACGAUAUGAUUUUAGCGGUGUACUUGUCGUUUUUCAUGAUAAUUUCUUCGGCCGGAGCAGCUAAGAAUGACGGGGACGAUGAGUGGGUUCAUCUUCCCAACAGAUGUGAAGUCUGUAAGUUUGUCAGUAUUGAGAUGAAGUCGGCGUUUGAUGAGACGGGGAAGACCAAAGAAGUGAUCGACAGGAACUACCGCUUCAUCGACAGCAAGGGGGCGCCGCCAAUCAAAUACGUCAAGUCAGACCUCAGAUUCAUCGAGGUUGUAGAAAAUGUGUGUCAGAGGCUGUUGGAGUACAAUCUGCACAAGGAAAGAUCCGGUAGCAACCGCUUUGCCAAGGGUAUGUCGGAGACCUUCUCCACCCUCCAUGGCCUGGUGAAUAAAGGAGUGAACGUGGUGAUGGACAUUCCCUACGAGCUGUGGAACGAGACCUCAGCGGAGGUGGCCGACCUCAAGAAGCAGUGUGACGUGUUGGUGGAGCAGUACGAGGACGUGAUUGAGGACUGGUACAAAGGAAGCCAAGAGGAAGACCUGACCACGUACCUGUGUGAGAAGCACGUUCUCAAAGGAAAGGACAAAGCCUGUCUGGAUGAGAAGUGGACCCCAAAGAAGAAGGGAGACCAGGCAGCCAUUGCGGAGGACAAGAAGAAGAAGAAGAAAAAGAAGAAGGGAGGGAAGAAGGGAAAGGGCAAGGGUGAGGAAGGAGGAGAGGGAGGAGAUGGCAGCUCCGAGGGGGAGAAGGCGGCUACGAAGAAGAAGGUGAAGAAGAAGAAAAAGAGCAAAGCUCCAGUGGAGAAGAUGGAUGGAGGGGUGUCGUCUGAUGAGGAGAUCCAGCCACAGGUGCCUCUGUCUGGGCAGAAGACAGAGUUGUGAGCCCUGGUCUCGGUCUGGACUUGGAUCCGCUGGUCUAAACGAAACUGAACUCUUAGUAAAAGCAGUCUGCAGCUUCUGGACAGGUCUUCAACGGUUGUCAGAACUGAGAUGAGAUGUUGUACAUGCUCUUUUAAAGUCUUUAUUUCAGUUUUGGCCGGUACGUGAGAAAUCAGCUGUGGCCUCAAGAAUUUUAACCAAUCAACCAAACUAUGAAAUCUUUGUUGUUUAUAGGUCAUUUUUACCUCCAGUGCAGUUGCGUAAAGGCCACUGGCUUUUAAAAUUCAGAUAUGAAACUUGCAGACACACUUAAUAACUCUAUCUUCGCUGAAAGGAUCAUUCUGGUUGAUUACAACUUGUUUUUUUAUUUUUUUAGCUUUGGCCAUUGUUUCUGUCAAUUAUGUUAACUUUGUUCUCUCCAAGUUACCUGCUGAGAUAUGGGAACAGGGUGACACUGCUAAAAUGGAAACGGAAAUGGAGUUUUUACUAAAAUCAUUCUGCCGGUCAACUUAAAAAUACACAUAGACUGUAGGAUUAAUCAAUUAAUCAGUCAGUCGAUCAGGAGAACCCUUUCUAUGGGAUGGAGUCUCUGCCCUCAGUGAGGGAGUUUACGUAUCUCGGGGUCUUGUUCACGACUGAGGGUAGGAUGGAACGGGAGACUGACAGGCGGAUGGGUGCGGCGUGGUACUGGGCCGCUGCGGUGAAGUGGGCAAAGCUUUUUGAUUUACCGGUCGAAUUACGUUCCAACUGUCACCCAUGAUCAUGAGCUUUGGGUGGUGACCGAAGGAAUACCUGCGAUACAAGCGGCCGAAAUGAGUUUCCUCUGCGGGGCGGGGCUGGGCCCAGCCUGAGAGACAGGGUAAGGAGCUCUGACGUCCGCAGGGAGCUCGGAGUGGAGCCGCUGCUCCUUCGCGGCAAAGGGAGCCAGUUGCGGCGGUUCGGGCGUCUGAUUUGGAGGCCUACCGGGCGCCUUCCGUUGGAGGUCUUCCGGGCACGUCCAGCUGGUAGGAGACCCCGGGGUAGACCCAGCACGUACUGGAGAGAUUACAUAUCUCUUCUGGCCUGGAUGGAUGGAUGGACAGAAAACAAAUCAACAAUUUGCAUAGUUUUAAUUCAUUUAUCAAGCAAAAACGCCGCAGAUUAUUUGAUUACAGCCUCUCAGAUAUAAAGAUUUACUGCGUUCCUCUGUUUUUCUAUCCAAAAAAGUAAGUGAAGACGUCAUCUUGGGUUCCGUUUGUCCACUCAGAUAUUAAUAAUCAGAAAAUCAUUAGUCUUCAAAAGCACCAGCUUCUUUCUUGCUUUCUUUCUUUUUCUCUCAGUUGAAUGUAGUUGGUGGUUUGUAGUGGGCCUUUCCUGCUGUAUGUCUGUUAAUGAAUAAUGUGAAUUUUUUGUGUGUUUAUUGCAUCUCUGCUGUUUUAAAAACCUCAUAUUUACUGUACCAUUCAUUCCAACUGAAAACCGGGACAUUUUUAAUCAUCUGUUUGGUUUUUUUUUUUACGACCUUUGGAAAUGCCUCGGACUGUGUUGCCUGAGAAGUUUACCGUUUCAAUCCAUGGAUAAUCUGCACUCUUGUACCAUAAGGAUAAAGUGAUAUUUUAUUGAACCUUAUAUAGAUUUGCUUUUUCCUUGUAACAGUUUAAAUAUUUCUCAGUGUUUUAUAUCAGUAGAUGAGACUGACUCUCCAGAAUUCAUACCUUUUUAAUCAUCUCAUGUGAAAUUCCCCUUUAAUGAGUAAAUAGAGCAUGAGGUUGUUUUUAUUUUAUUUUUUUUAAAUGUCACUGAUUUGUGUUGCUGUAAUUUUUUAAUGUUAUAAUUUUCCAUUUUUUGUUUUGUUGUGUGCAGUUAUUUAAGGCGUGUGUGGGUUUGUGUGUGUUUGUUGGGCUCCCGGGCUGAAAAUGAAGGUUUCUAUGUGUAUGUGUGUUUUUUUUGUUUUGUUUUGGUUUUUUUUUGUCCUUUCCUUUUUUCGUGUGUGUGUUUCCGUGUGUUUCUACAGAUUUUUAUUCUGAAGUAAAAUGCUGGCUGUGUUGUAUUGGAGUUGCUUUUUGAAACCACAGGCAGACACAUCAGUGGAUCAAUAAACACAGGUUUGAA